AGUGACUUAAUCAUAUAUUAAAAUCAGCUUUAAAAGUUAAAACUGCCGCGAGAUUGAGGAGAAAGAAAAGGGGAAAAGGAAAUGCUAUGAAUCUCACUUCUUUCAGUUUUCCAUAUCUUGUUGCUCCUCUAUGCUCUACACUUUCCACCACUAUUACUACUACUACAAGGUGCAAAAGCGUGAAUAGUAUUGCAAUUGAAGGUCGUAAUCUGAAUUUCUCAUUCACCGCAAGACAAACCAAAGAUGUGCCGGUUCUUAGAGAUUGCUCUAUUCGAAUUCCUUCUGGGCAAUUUUGGAUGCUUCUUGGACCAAAUGGGUGUGGAAAAUCAACACUCUUGAAGAUUUUGGCUGGUCUUUUGACUCCAACUUCAGGAACAGUCUAUGUGAAGGAACCUAAAAGUUUUGUUUUCCAAAAUCCAGAUCACCAGGUGGUGAUGCCUACAGUAGAUUCUGAUGUUGCAUUUGGUCUUGGUAAAAUCAAUUUGGCCGACGAUGAAGUCAGAUCUAGGGUGGCACAAGCUUUACAUGCUGUUGGCCUAUCUGACUACAUGAAGAGAUCUGUCCAAACUCUGAGUGGUGGUCAGAAGCAGAGGGUUGCCAUUGCUGGGGCUCUAGCAGAAGCUUGUAAGGUUCUGUUGUUGGAUGAGCUCACAACAUUCCUAGAUGAAACUGACCAGGUUGGAGUUAUCAAAGCUGUAAGGAACUGUCUGGAUACUUCUGAAGAAGUUACAGCAUUAUGGGUCACCCAUCGUUUGGAAGAACUAAAGUAUGCAGAUGGUGCAAUCUACAUGGAGGAUGGAAAGGUAGUCAUGCAUGGAGAUGCGUCGAGCAUAAGGACUUUCAUUGAAGCCAGGCAAUCUGCCUAUAUUAACCAGAUUAAUUCUUAAAUAAAUCAUCUUCGUUUCUAAAUUUGUUUUUUUUUUGUUAGGCAUUGAAACUAAAAUGGCAUGAUUGGAAGGCUGCAACAUAAUAUCUCAUUUCAUUUUUCUCUUUUGAAAAAAAAAAAAACUCAAAGUAGGAAAUAUUUGUUUAA